AUGUUAAAAUUCAAUUCUUCAUCUGGGUCUGGGUCUAACAUGGAAACAGUGCUGUCUAAUGCAAUAGCAGAACUUGAGUGUAAAGGCAGAGGUGAUGGUGAUGAUGAUGUGCCAAUAUUUUUAGUAAAUCUAUCAGCAGAUGAAGGUAUUAUUGGUUGA